AUGAGGUCGAUCCUGCAUGGAAUUACGCUGGGGUGCGCAGGAAGAGCUAGAAAAGCUGCGCGUUCGUCCUUACAGCAUCGGACAAGGUUCACCACGGACAUCCCUCCAUAUUCUGAUGACAUCGAGAUUCUCGAUGCGUGCGUCAAUUGUCUGCGACUGGCGGUCGAAGCUACUUCCAAAGCGGACCCAACUACACUCGGUUACCUUGGAGAGUUCCUUGCGCACCGAUACAUGCUUUUAGCAAGGGAUGAAGAUCUCAACGAUGCUAUAACGACACUACAAAGUGCUAUCGAUCGCACGUCGGAGAGUGACCAGGAUAUGCCUAUGCGAUUCGAUGCGCUCGGUCUCUUGUUGCAACAACGCUUUGAGCGCCUCGAUGAGCCGAUCGAUCUUGAAACCGCGUUAGCAUUGCAACAACGAGCGGUUGCUCUAGCCCCCGACACUCAUUCUGAUAGGGCUCUACUUCUGCACCAUCUUGGGUACUCUCAGCAGCUGCGUUUCGAGCAUUCGAAUGCGCCGCAAGACCUGGCGGAGGCAAUAUCAACACUACGCUCUUCGGUUGAGCUGACACCAGGCGAUAAUCCGAACAUGCCCGCGCGACUCAGAAGCCUAUGUCGAUCGCUCUUGUCUCGUCAUACUCAAUUUGCCGACGACAAGGAGCUUCAAACCAUCAUUUCAAUGCUACGCCGGGCAUACCUGCUUCUUCCUGAAAGCCAUCCUGAUAGAUUCGAUCUGCAGGACGAGCUUGAUACCGUCGUUCAGCGUCGCUAUGAAGCACUCGGGCUUGCCUACGACUUCAAGCAUGCCGCCGCGUUCGAUAGGCAACGAUCAGCCAAGCUCUUUCCGGACGGAGGUGCUGUCGACGUCGCAAAGUUACGCCUCCGCGGGUUACUUCUACAGGAAGAAUACGAGCGUUUCGGUAACCCAGCGGACCUCGAUGCCGCUAUCUCCGUUGCACGUCGGGCCGUCGGACUCACUCCAGAGGACCACCCAGACCAACCGCUGUUAUUGAAUAGCCUUGGAAACUACCUACGCGAUCGAUUCGGGCGCGAAGGCGCGCUAGACGAUCUUGAGAGCGCUAUCAGAUUGCACCGCCUAGCAAUCAAGCUCAUACCCAGUGGUCAUGAUGACAUCCCCUUGCUCAUGCACAACUUAUCCGUGUGUUUGCAGGGACGUUACGAGCGCUUGCAAGAACUUGAUGAUAUCGAGGCUGCCAUCAAUCUGGACCAACGCGCGGUGGAACUUGUAUCUGACGACGAGCCAGACAAAGCUGUUUGGUUGAACGGUCUUGGCAUCGUUCUGCUCGCCCGUUACAAGCGUAUUCGAAAGCGGGAAGAUCUCGAUAUGGCCAUCACAGUUCUGCGUCAAGCCGUCGACCUCACACCAGGCUACAACUCUCAUUUGCCAUCCCGGCUCGUCAAUCUCGGGAACGCGCAUCAAAGACGAUACGCUCAUUUUCACGAGCUACACGAUGUCAAGUCCGCCAUUGCUGCACAGCGCCGUGCUUUGAAACUCACUUCAGACAGCCACCCGAGCAAGCCGUCGCGUUUGAACAGCUACGGCGCCUCCUUGCAGAGUCGUUACGAGCUACUGCACGAGCUUGACGAUCUCGAUGCCGCGAUAUCGGCGCAUCGCCGAGCGGCAGAGCUCACGCCUUCCGAUGGCGUCGACAAGUCGAUGUGGCUCAACAACCUGGGAAUUGCAUUGGAGAAGCGCUUCGACCGUACCCAGACUCAGUCCGAUUUCGAUGCGACUAUCGAGUCCUUCAUGGCUGCAGCAGCUCAAAGUUCGGCCUCUCCUUACCAUCGAAUGUCUGCCGCAUCUGGAUGUCUUUCGUUACUCAACCGAUACCCGCAGUUUAGGUCUCCGGACAGACUUCUUCAAGCGCAUUCGCACGUCAUAUCUUUACUGCCCGAGCUGAUGUGGCUCGGACACAACGUUGAACGUCGUUACGAGGAGGCUGCAAAGCUUAGAGGUUUCGCCAAUACCGCCGUAGCUGGGGCCAUCUCUGUAGGAGCCUUACAGCAGGCAGUCGUGUGGCUCGAACAAGGGCGUGCUCUUGUAUGGUCGCAAGUCCUCGCGAUGAGGACCCCCCUCGAUGACCUCGCUCAGCAGGAUAAAGACCUUGCCGACGCACUACGGGAGCUACAGUCACAGCUUCAAGCUUCUGGACAUCACUCUAUGCUCCUCGACCGCCGUUCAGAGAAUGAGAGCAUACUCGGCAUGGUGUCAGACGCGCGAGAUCCUCACCGCCAACUAGUGAUCCAGUACGAGCGUCUACUCGCACAAGCUCGGAGCUACCCCGGGCUCGAGAACUUCAUGCGGCCGCAGACGUUCGCCGAUGCUGUGCAGUCUAUCAAACUCAUUCAGUCUGACGGUCCGGUUGUGUUCAUUAACAUAGACAUGCACCGUUGUGACGCACUCAUUCUCUCUACUGGUUCCAGUGACAUCAAGCUUGUACAGCUGCCUAACCUCUCCGAGAAGCGGGCUUACCAACUACACUCACUUUGGCGCAACUGCCUCGCGUCCUGUGGUGUCCUUCAACGAGCAGCCGUUUCACCGAGCAUGGCCCUUCGUGGAGGGCUCUCGAGACUUGAGAUGUUGCUUGAACGCUUAUGGACUUGGGUUGUCGAACCGAUACUGCGACAAUUCAAACUAGAUGGAUCGGAGGGAGGAGAACAGCUUCCCCACGUCACUUGGUGUCCUACGGGACCACUCACUCAGCUACCUUUGCACGCCGCUGGCCUAUACAGUCAGAAGGGAGGACCACGAGCGUUCAAUCUCGUCGUAUCUUCGUACACGCCAUCUUUAUCUGCGCUCAUGCGCAGCCAUGAAGGACUUGCGAAGAAAUCUGUGGACCCCAAAGUACUCAUCGUGACUCAACCGCACACGCCCAAGCUAUCCGCGCUACCGGGGACUGUGACUGAGGGCAACCGCCUACGUCAGUUACUUGCAGAGUCUCAUACCGCCAGCACAACCUUCAAUGACAAGGAGGCGACGGUAGACUCCGUGCGCGGCGUCAUCGAUCAGCACGCUUGGGUGCAUUUAGCUUGCCACGGUUCGCAGCACCUCGCUGAUCCGACCAAGAGUGCGUUCGCGCUUUACGACGGACCGCUCUCACUGGCCGAUCUCAUGUCUACGGCGGCAGAGAAUGCCGAGCUUGCAUUCCUCUCCGCAUGCCAGACUGCCGUUGGUGACCACAAGAUACCCGAGGAGUCGGCACAUCUCGCGGCGGGGAUGCUUGCCGUCGGCUUCAAGGGUGUCGUCGCGACGAUGUGGUCCAUUGGCGAUGCUGAUGCACCCGUCGUAGUGCAGGAGUACUACACGAGGCUGCUGGAGUCGAUGCACCGAAGUGCGAGUGGAGCCAGAAGCACAGGUGCAGCAUAUGCGUUGCAUGAGGCGAUGAAGAGGUUAAGGGAGAAGGUCGGCGAGAAGGAGUUCAUUCGAUGGGCGCCUUUCGUGCACUUCGGCGUUUGA